CUUGCAGUGAUGAAAUGUAAACCUGGGCGGGCAGAAAGACCCGCUCCGGUAAGUUGAUCGCCCCACGCCUCCCCUGCCUGGCGAAGGCUGUCUCGGCGGGACUCGGCUCGCCCCGGGACCGGAUGAAUUCGCCCAAGGACCGUGCCCAGCCCAGGGAGACGCGCCCUCUUCCUUCCCUUCCUCGGAUGGCUGUCACGUUUGGGGCGAACGGCGUGCCCUAGCGAUGGAAACGAGUAUGAAGAAGUUCACGGUGCGCAGGUUUUUCUCGGUCUAUCUCCGCAAGAAAUCGCGCUCCAAGAGCUCCAGCCUCGGGCGCUUUGAGGAAGAAAGCAUCGUAAAGGAGAUAGACAUCAGUCACCAUGUCAAAGAAGGUUUCGAAAAAGCAGAUCCCUCUCAAUUUGAGCUCCUGAAAGUACUGGGACAAGGCUCCUAUGGAAAGGUAUUCCUGGUGAGAAAAAUCAAAGGAUCUGAUACUGGGCAGCUCUAUGCAAUGAAGGUACUUAAGAAAGCAACUCUAAAAGUCCGAGAUCGCGUACGGUCAAAAAUGGAAAGAGACAUUUUGGCUGAAGUGAAUCAUCCUUUCAUUGUAAAACUUCAUUAUGCAUUUCAAACAGAAGGAAAACUGUAUCUCAUACUAGAUUUCCUGCGAGGAGGGGACCUUUUUACCAGACUUUCGAAAGAGGUAAUGUUUACAGAAGAAGAUGUUAAGUUCUAUUUAGCUGAGCUGGCCUUGGCUUUAGAUCAUCUUCAUGGUCUGGGUAUUAUAUACAGAGAUUUGAAACCAGAAAACAUUCUUCUAGAUGAAGAAGGACACAUUAAGAUUACAGAUUUUGGCCUGAGCAAGGAAGCUAUUGACCAUGACAAGAGAGCUUAUUCAUUUUGUGGGACAAUAGAAUACAUGGCUCCAGAGGUGGUCAACCGGCGAGGACACACCCAGAGUGCAGAUUGGUGGUCCUUCGGUGUCCUAAUGUUUGAAAUGUUGACAGGGUCACUACCAUUUCAGGGGAAAGACCGAAAGGAAACAAUGGCACUCAUUCUCAAAGCCAAACUAGGAAUGCCACAGUUUUUGAGCAUAGAAGCUCAGAGUUUGUUGCGAGCUCUUUUCAAGAGGAAUCCAUCUAACAGAUUAGGUGCUGGCCUUGAUGGAGUUGAAGAAAUUAAACGUCAUCCCUUUUUUGCCACCAUUGACUGGAAUAAACUGUACAGAAGAGAAAUCAAACCACCAUUUAAACCUGCAGUUGGUCGACCAGAGGACACUUUCCAUUUUGAUCCUGAAUUCACAUCACGGACCCCAACAGAUUCCCCAGGUGUCCCUCCAAGUGCCAAUGCUCAUCAUCUCUUCAGAGGAUUCAGCUUUGUGGCAUCCAAUUUGGGGCAGGAACCUGUACAGCAAGAACCACAUAAAGCCACAGUUCAUCCAAUUGUCCAGCAGUUACAUGGGAACAAUAUUCACUUUACAGAUGGAUAUGAAAUCCGGGAAGACAUCGGCAUUGGCUCAUAUUCUGUUUGCAAGAGGUGUAUUCACAAAGCUACAGAAGCAGAGUUUGCAGUAAAGAUAAUUGAUAAGGGCAAAAGAGACCCUUCAGAAGAAAUUGAGAUUCUUCUGAGAUAUGGACAGCACCCAAAUAUUAUUACACUCAAAGAUGGCUAUGAUGAUGGGAAAUUUGUAUACCUUGUAAUGGAGCUGAUGCGAGGAGGAGAACUCUUAGAUCGAAUCCUUCGACAGAAAUGCUUCUCAGAACGAGAGGCUAGUGCCGUUCUCUGUACCAUUAGUAAAACUGUGGACUAUCUGCAUUCCCAGGGUGUUGUACAUCGAGAUCUGAAGCCUAGUAAUAUUUUGUACAUGGAUGAAUCAGGGAACCCAGAGUCGAUCAGAAUGUGUGAUUUUGGAUUUGCCAAACAACUGAGAGCUGAGAAUGGUUUACUAAUGACACCAUGUUACACAGCCAAUUUUGUAGCACCUGAGGUCCUGAAACGGCAGGGUUAUGAUGCAGCCUGUGAUAUCUGGAGUUUGGGGAUUUUGUUGUAUACCAUGUUAGCAGGAUUCACCCCUUUUGCAAAUGGACCAGAUGACACCCCAGAGGAAAUUCUGGCUAGAAUUGGCAGCGGAAAGUAUGCUCUAGCAGGAGGGAACUGGGAUUCCAUAUCUGAUGCUGCAAAGGAUAUUGUGUCAAAAAUGCUUCAUGUAGAUCCCCAUCAGCGCUUAACAGCAGCCCAGGUUUUAAGGCAUCCAUGGAUAGUAAACAGGGAGUAUCUCUCCCAGAAUCAACUCAGCAGACAAGAUGUUCAUCUUGUAAAGGGUGCCAUGGCAGCCACCUAUUUUGCUUUAAACCAAACGCCUCAAGCACCAAGGCUGGAACCGGUAUUGUCCUCCAACCUGGCCCAGCGAAGGGGAAUGAAAAGAUUGACCUCAACGAGGUUAUAAUGGUCCCAAAAAGGCCUGUUUAAAUAAAGAGAAACACUUGAUCAGAGAGGCUGAUCUAUAUUGUUAAUGUUGCAGGACUCCUGGCACAUACAUUGUUUUAAUCAGCAAAACUUCAGUUUAAGGCAAAGUUGUUCUUUGCUUUCAGAUAUUUUUGGGUUCUGUUUUUUACAUUACCAACAAGAUAGUAAAUACUCAGAAAUGUGCCAUUUUUUUCAAUUGCUGUAUUGCUUCUUAUUUAGGUACUGUAUCAGUUGCUGACAUUGUGUUCUCUCCUCCUUUAAUCCAAAUGCUAUUUUUGGAAUUAUAGAUGCUCUGUAAGACCACUUUUGUAACAGAUUCGAUUUUAGCUCUACCAGCAUCUUAUGUCUGAUGUAUUGUCACCACUAUCAUUAGCUGUACUAAGGUUUGUCUCCAAAACGUUGAAUACAUUAAUGAUGUGCGAGACCAUAAAAACCAUGUCCUGUGAGGAGUGAAAAGGGUGGGAAAGAGCUGGAAACAUACCUGCGCUAUUAAAGGAAGAUAAUUAUUGUAAUGAGUUUGGACCAGAUGAAAGUAUAGAAAGGAGAUUAGAGUUGUGCUCAUUGACACAACCACCUUGAAGGGUCCUAUCUGAUAAGGCCUCCUUUCUUGAUCAAAAAUGUACAAUCUUAUCUUGGACAAAAAGAUUUUUUUAUGGAAGGUGACUGCGUCGCUGGUUGCACCUAAACACUAUACCAGUGGUUCUCAACCUUUUUAAUGCCGUGACCCCCAACCGGUCGUAGGUUGAGGACUACCCAAACGGUCAUAAGUCAAGGACUUUCCUUGCCUGGGAGCGCUGCACAUGCGUGGUGCC